UCUCGCGAGGCUCGCUCGGAAUCUCUGAGGGGGACGGAAUCCCUUGCUCGUUUUCGCGGUUUCGCGGCUGGUUUCCCCCCCCCCUCCUCCCCCGGCCUGGAAGGCGGCCUCGGCCCGGGAGCGGAUAUAGAAGAGCACUGCCAACAUGUCUGAUAGCGAGGACAGCAAUUUCUCCGAAGAUGAGAGCGAGCGAAGCAGUGAAGCCGAAGAGGUCGAGGAAAACGAGGCGGAAGAACGCGUCAGCGCCGUAGGCAGCGAGAAAGAAGAAGUGGAGGAAGAAGAGGAGGAGGAGGAAGAAGACGAGUAUGACGAGGAGGAGGAGGAAGACGACGACGAUCGGCCGGCAAAGAAACCCAGGCACGGAGGCUUCAUUUUGGACGAAGCGGAUGUGGACGAUGAGUACGAAGACGAGGACCAAUGGGAGGAUGGGGCGGAGGACAUCCUGGAGAAAGAAGAGAUUGAAGCGUCCAACAUUGAUAACGUGGUUCUGGACGAGGACCGCUCCGGGGCGCGGAGACUGCAGAACUUAUGGAGGGACCAGCGAGAGGAAGAGUUGGGGGAGUACUACAUGAAGAAAUAUGCCAAAUCCUCUGUGGGAGAGACGGUGUACGGCGGCUCCGACGAGCUCUCCGAUGACAUCACGCAGCAGCAGUUGCUUCCCGGCGUCAAGGAUCCCAAUCUUUGGACAGUGAAAUGUAAGAUCGGAGAGGAGCGGGCCACGGCCAUCGCCCUGAUGCGGAAGUUCAUCGCCUACCAGUUCACUGACACUCCCUUGCAGAUCAAGUCGGUCGUGGCUCCCGAGCAUGUGAAGGGCUACAUCUAUGUGGAGGCCUACAAGCAGACCCACGUGAAGCAGGCCAUUGAGGGGGUGGGCAACCUGCGGAUGGGCUACUGGAACCAGCAGAUGGUGCCCAUCAAGGAGAUGACGGACGUGCUGAAGGUGGUGAAGGAGGUGACCAACCUGAAGCCCAAGUCCUGGGUCCGGCUCAAGAGGGGCAUCUACAAAGACGACAUCGCUCAGGUGAGAGCCGCUCCCUCGGGGCCCUUCCCAAAGCGGAACCAGAUCUCGUUGAAGAUGAUCCCGCGCAUUGAUUUUAAACGCAUCGAAGCCCGUGAGAGCGUGAAAGAGUGGCGCUCAAAGCAGAAGAAGUUCAAGCGCCCCCCGCAGCGCCUCUUUGACGCCGAGAAGAUCCGGUCUCUGGGCGGAGACGUAGCCUCCGACGGGGAUUUCCUCAUCUUUGAAGGGAAUCGUUACAGCCGGAAGGGCUUCCUCUUCAAGAGCUUUGCCAUGUCUGCUGUGAUCACAGAAGGGGUGAAGCCCACCCUGUCCGAGCUGGAGAAGUUCGAAGACCAGCCGGAAGGGAUCGACUUGGAGGUGGUCAUGGAAAGCACAGGUAAGGAGCGGGAGCACAACUUCCAGCCCGGAGACAACGUGGAGGUGUGCGAAGGGGAGCUGAUCAACCUGCAGGGCAGGAUCCUGAGUGUGGACGGGAACAAGAUCACCAUCAUGCCGAAGCACGAGGACCUCAAGGACAUGUUGGAGUUCCCCGCUCAGGAGCUGCGGAAGUACUUCAAGAUGGGGGACCACGUGAAGGUGAUCGCCGGCCACUUCGAGGGGGACACGGGCCUGAUUGUGCGCGUGGAGGAGAACUUCAUCAUCCUCUUCUCAGACCUCACGAUGCACGAGCUCAAAGUCCUUCCCCGGGACCUGCAGCUCUGCUCAGAGACGGCCUCCGGCGUGGACGUGGGCGGCCAGCACGAGUGGGGGGAACUGGUGCAGCUGGACCCCCAGACGGUCGGGGUCAUCGUCCGCCUGGGGCGGGAGACGUUCCAGGUCCUCAACAAGCACGGCAAGGUGGUGACGGUCAGGCACCAGGCGGUGAACCGGAAGAAGGACAACCGGUUCGCGGUGGCCCUGGACUCCGAGCAGAACAACAUCCACGUGAAGGACAUCGUGAAAGUGAUAGACGGGCCGCACUCGGGACGUGAGGGAGAGAUCCGUCACCUCUUCCAGGGCUUCGUUUUUCUGCACUGCAAGAAGCUGGUGGAGAACGGAGGCAUGUUUGUCUGCAAGGCACGCCACUUGGUCCUGGCCGGAGGCUCAAAGCCCCGGGAUGUCAUGAACGUCACCAUCGGCGGGUUCGCACCCAUGAGUCCUCGGAUCAACAGCCCCAUGCACCCCAGUGCAGGAGGUCAACACGGUGGCUUUGGAGGGGGCGGGAUGAGCCGGGGCCGUGGGCGCAGAGACAACGACCUCAUUGGGCAGACCGUGCGGAUUUCGCAAGGGCCCUACAAAGGCUAUAUCGGUGUGGUCAAGGAUGCCACGGAGUCCACCGCCCGUGUGGAACUGCACUCCACCUGCCAGACGAUCUCCGUGGACCGGCAGCGUCUCACCACAGUCGGCUCGAAGAGGCCGGACGGCAUGACCUCAGCCUACGGGCGCACCCCUAUGUACGGCUCUCAGACUCCCAUGUACGGCUCCGGGUCCCGCACCCCAAUGUACGGCUCGCAGACUCCGUUGCAUGACGGCAACCGGACUCCUCACUACGGCUCUCAGACGCCCUUGCACGACGGCAGCCGGACCCCCGCGCAGAGCGGGGCUUGGGACCCCAAUAACCCGAACACCCCCUCCAGAGCUGACGAAGAGUUUGACUACGGCUUUGACGACGAGCCCACCCCGUCUCCGCAAGGCUAUGGGGGGACGCCCAACCCACAGACCCCGGGCUAUCCCGAUCCGUCUUCCCCGCAGGUUAAUCCGCCGUACAACCCUCAGACGCCCGGCACCCCGGCCAUGUACAACACAGACCAGUUUUCUCCGUACGCCGUCCCGUCCCCUCAGGGCUCCUACCAGCCCAGCCCCAGCCCUCAGAGUUUCCAUCAAGUGGCACCGAGUCCUGUAGGCUACCAGAACACCCACUCGCCAGCCAGCUACCACCCAACACCAUCGCCUAUGGCCUACCAGGCAAGCCCCAGCCCGAGCCCCGUGGGCUACAGCCCCAUGACCCCGGGGGCUCCCUCUCCGGGCGGCUACAACCCCCACACCCCGGGCUCCGGCAUCGAGCAGAGUUCCAGCGACUGGGUCACCACAGACAUCCAGGUCAUCGUCCGCGACACUUACUUGGACAGCCAGGUCGUGGGGCAGACGGGAGUCAUCCGUAGCGUGACCGGUGGAAUGUGCUCCGUCUACCUGAAGGACAGUGAGAAGGUGGUCAGCAUCUCCAGCGAGCACCUGGAGCCGGUCACUCCGACCAAGAACAACAAGGUCAAGGUCAUCCUGGGAGAGGACCGAGAGGCCAUGGGCGAGCUGCUGAGCAUCGACGGGGAGGACGGCAUCGUCCGCAUGGACUUGGAAGAACAGCUCAAGAUCCUCAACCUCCGCUUCCUCGGCAAGCUGCUGGAGGUGUAGAGAGGGGGACGGAGAACAACUCUGUGCGCGUGUCUUGCGGGUUUUAUUUUCGUUAAGUGGGAUCGCCUCUAGACUGAUGCAACCGGUCCUUGUACAGACACCCCCCCUUGACCACACUGUCCUCCUCCGAUCCUCCUUUAUUUCUCUCCCCCCCCCCCCCCCACAGCAAAUUUGUGGGUUUCAGGGAACAGGAACAACCUUUCCCCCCUUUUGCAAGUCCAGGGGCCUCCGCGGGAGAGGCCGAGGACGUAGAGCGUUCGGAGGCCUUUGCUUCUCUCUUACAUCUCUCUGUGUCAUCCUGUGAGACCGAACCAGCUCGUGUGUCGCUUGCUGCAAUAAAAAAAAAAAGAAGAAUCUUCUCAUGCGCUCGCCGUGUUUGCCUGGGGUAGAGAAACUCCCCACCUCUGGUUCUUUGUGCCCUGGGAAGAAAUCUCCAGUUGAGUGUUUUCCACGCUGAAGGAGCGAGCCGUGACUCACGAAAGCUCCUG